AAGAUGGCCAGUUCAAGCUUGUAUAUUCAAAUCUCUGCAUUUGCCUUGUUUACAAGCCUUCUGGAUAUCACAACCCAAGCUAGCCAUGGCGAAUGCGGCCUUCCAAAUAAGCAUACACCUGCAGUACCCCUUUUCGUAUUCGGGGAUUCCAUAUUUGAUGCUGGAAACAACAACUACUUCAGCACUGUUUUUCAGGGAAACUACUGGCCAUAUGGUGAAACCUACAAAAAGGGCCAUCCUACCGGUAGAAUUUCUGAUGGUCGUAUAAUUCCAGAUUUUAUUGCUGAGUAUGCAAAGUUGCCAUCGAUUCCACCGUACUUAGAGCCAGGCAACGAGGAAUUUAAGUACGGUGUCAACUUUGCAUCUGCAGGAGCUGGUGCUUUGAUUGAAACUCGCCAAGGCUUGGGGAGAGAUCUUCAUUGUCAACUAUCAUAUUUCAAGAACGUUGGGAAGUCGUUGAGGCAGAAACUAGGGGAUGAAGAAGCCAAAUCUCUACUGACCCGAGCUGUCUACUUGUCCAACAUCGGAAGCAACGAUUACCUUUUCCCAUUCGAUACAGAUUCCAGCAUGCUGAGAUCCUACUCCCGUGAGGAAUUUGUUGGCCUGGUGAUCGGCAACAUAACUUCAGUGAUUAAAGAGAUAUAUAACGAAGGAGGAAGAAAUUUUGGGUUUAUGAACCUUUACCCUCUUGCUUGUAUUCCGUACGGAAGAGCACUUGGAGCUGGACCAAAUAAUGGCUGCCAUGAAGAACUUGCAACAUACGUGGAACUACACAAUAAAGCAUUUUAUAAACACUUGGAAAAGCUAGAGAGUGAACUCAAGGGAUUCAGAUACUCACUUACCGAUUUUCACAAGUUUAUUACACAAAGAAUAGAUCACCCUUCUGAAUAUGGUUUCAAGGAAGGGAAGGUGGCAUGUUGCGGCAGUGGUCCAUAUCGAGGAGUUUAUAGUUGUGGAGGAAGGAGAGGUGUCAAAGAGUACGAUUUGUGUGACAAUGUUAGUGACCAUCUCUUCUUUGACUCUGCUCAUCCAACUGAGAUGGCCUACGAGCAGUCAGCCAAACUCUUUUGGAGUGGAACUCCCGAUUUCACUGCGCCUUACAAUUUGAAAGCGCUAUUUGAAUCCAAUCAAGAUUUAAGUAAAGAUAGUUCAACCGAAAUAUUCGUUGAUGAAGCGAUACAUUCUGAAUUUUAAUUUAUUAAUUGUUUGAAAUUAUUUUUAUAAGAAGUACUUCUGCUCGUAAAGGGAUUUUAUUACAAGUCAGUUGUGCUUGUAAUGGUCAUAAUUUGUAAUGUAUUUUCUAUGAGCUGCUUCAUAUAUACGAGAAAUUGGUUUGUGAAGCCUUAAGACACCAAAAUUAA